GCAUGGGGCCAGGGGCCGCUGCCGGGCGGGACGCCGUUUGCCGGACGCGCCCCCGUCCCCACUGCGCAGCCGCGCGGAUUCAAAACAGUUUGUUGCUCACGUCGGCGAAGCCGCUUCCGUUUCCAACGCCACAUUCCGGCCACACCUGCCUGCGCGGAGCCCGGCUCGCCACCCGCCCGGGACACCCCCCGCAGCGCCAUGUCCGCGGAGGAUUAUGUUUCUGUGAGAGUUGAGGAUGAUGUUGAAGCUGUGAUAAUUGAAAAUUCUGAAAUAGAAGAUGCAGAAAAUGGACUGUCCACACAAGGCUGCGUGUCAGUGGAACAAAAUGCUCAAGUAAACAGUGAUGAUCACUACAUGACUCAACUUGCAUAUGGAGAGGAAGGUUUGUCAGUACUGAGUGAGCCAGUGGUGUCGCAGAUGAGCCAUUCUACAAGUGUGCAAAGAGAUGGUCAGAACCCAGAAGAAAUGGAAUAUGUUUUUUUGCAUAAAAGACGACGACUUACCCCCUCUCUGGUGAGAAAUAGCAUGAUAAGAUCCAGGGAAACAGAAUAUGAAGAUGGUGGAAGUGUCAUUUAUGAAUAUGAACCAGAUUAUGAAUGUGGAAGUGUUGUAUCUGAAGCGUCCUACACAGGAGAUCAGCAGAAAACCCUUAUGGAAGUCCUCAACUAUUGUCAGGCCAUGUAUGAUGCCAUUCAGAAGUUGGAUAAGAAAUUUGAUCUGCUUCAUCGAAAGGUUUCAGAAAUGCAGCACACCCGGAUGAAGCCAUUGCUCCUCAAACCUAGGCCCAUUGGAUUUACAUACAGAAGUUCCAAUCAUUUACCCCAUGGAAAAAUUAGAGUACAGAAACCAAUGGAAAGAGAGUCAAGUCUUCAUAUCUCUCCCCCGGGACAAGGAGGGCAUAGCCCAUCAAUGAGGGUUAGGCUACAAAAGAGCCAUCUCCAGGUCAACUCUGCAAUAAAACCUGUUCAACAAACUCUUCAACUUGAAUCACAACAACCUGUGCUUAGGCAAAGCCCACCCCUACCCACUAUAGUCUCCACUCACUCACUGCAUCCACCAUACACAGUGGCUAACAGGAUCCCUGACCUUCCUCCACAACCAAGUCUUGUAACCACGGUCAUGGAAAGCACUGCCAAUGUAGCAUCUUCAGGGGUGGGUUCCCCAAUGGUGUCGUCGGUGAUGCCAACCCCAUCUGAAACCGGUUUGGGGAGAAACACCAUGAUGAUGAAUUACAGGGCCACACCGGGAAGUGCGAAUAUUAAUAAAGAACUGCCAUCUUCUUCUGUCUCUAUCAAUCCUAGUUUUGAAUAUGUUGGUGACCCAAAGAGAAAUGUAAAGGUUCUUGGAAACUAUUUGAUGAAAGCCCGACAAAAGACCAAACCGAAGUACGCAGCACGUUACCUAGUCCGUGUCUUGUUCCCCAAGGAAACGUUGCUGUGUAGCAUUAUGGGUGUCAGUGCCCGGGGGCGCAGAACGUUGGAUCCUAACAAGGUUGCUGCAGUUAGAGAAUUUCUUGCAUCUCAUUUCCCAAAUUAUGACCUGAGUGAAUAUGGAAGAGACUGGAAAACCUGUAUCACAAACGUCAAUGCCAUGAUCCGCUGCUUACGCUGUGAAACCAAAAUAAACCCAGAGACUACUGAAGGGAAGGAGAAACCUGCUGACACUCCAGACACAUCCAUUUGUGUGGAUUUAAACUAUAAUGGGGAAGAUAGUGACGUCAAUUCUCAAUCCUCUCAGAAAAUGACCAGCUCAACAACAAACAGACUUCAGAAUACCACAUGGGAUAAAGUCUCUGAGGUGUUCCAUGCACCUUCAUCCAAUAAACUACAGUCUUUGGAACCAAUGGAACAUCUUGGGAGUCCAUGGCGCAAUGUUCAGUUGCCCUUCUCAGUUAUUUAUGUAGCCAAGGGGAAGUCUCGGCCAGAGUUGUCAGCUCGCUAUCUGAUUCGCCAUCUCUUCACAGAAGAUGUAUUGGUGAAGAGCAAUGUGUAUGGUAAUCUGGAACGUGGCAUGUGUCCACUGGACUGCAACAGGAUCAAUGCUCUCAGAGACUUUCUUCAAGAGAACUACCCAUCCUUUGAUCUAAAGGAAACUGGAUAUGAUUGGAAAGCAUGUGUGGCUGCCAUAAACAGUACAAUCCGCAGUCUUAGACAUGACCAUAAGAAGGCUGCAAUUGGAGUCCGAAAGAAAGUUUUGGCCACACCGCCAUCAAGUGAAAAGAGUCCUUCGCAAAGCCCUUCUUCAGUAAAGCCGUAUGAAAGUGACACUAUCAACCUUACAGACUAAAAUGCUACAUGUCUUACAACCAUCUGACAUCUAGCUGCAGUCAUGUUCAAAAUACUAUACAGAAGCCAAUCUUGUCGGGUUGUCCCCAGCACUAUAUAAUAUACUCCACGAGGCCAAAAUGGUGGAAGACCUGGGGUCCCUCCCUUCUUGAGUCACUGGCACUCAUUCCCAUCAUAGAGCUGCCUUACUCCAUUCACAGUUGGUUGCAUGAUGGGCACUUGUCUGACAAGCACCUACUUUCAGUGAAGUAUUGACCCAGAAGAGAUCAUUUUGCCUUGAGGAAGUACACUGCACAGAACAGGAAAUAGAAAAUGAUUGUCCCCCAAGCAAAAGAAUAAGGAUUUAAAAGCCUAUCUGGGUCAAGCUUGUUAUGUUUGGGGAAGGAAACUUGUUCCAACAGCUGGAUAAUGUCAUCGAAAAAAUGUAUAACAUAGAAAGGAGAGUGUGAUUGAUAUUGCACCACUUUGAGUUGUCAGACAUCUCGUUUUUUUCUCCUAUCCUACAGCAGAGAUUUUGUUGUAGGAUAAGGGAAGAUGAGGGCGACUACAACAAAUACAAUUGCUGGUAAGUAAUAUUUUUCCUCUUCCCGAUGGUUGGCUCUUGUCUGGAAUGAAUAUUAAGAAAGAAUAUAUAUACAAAAAUAUUCUGGUUUUCUUUUACUCAAUGUAAAGUACAAAAUAUAUCCUUUUGAAGGGAUAAUCAAGGACUAGCAUACCAACAUAACCCACUGUUCUAUGUUUGUUAUAUGUCCCCCUCUGUGUCUAAUCCACUGAGGAUAGGAGUCUGUUUGAACUUCCAGCUGGAGAACUUGGGUCCUGAUCCACCGAUGAAGACAAUGGAAGGCUUUCCAUUGGCUUCACUGGGCAUGGCAUCAAGCCAUCAGUCCUUUAGCUCAAGCUAAAGAGACUUAUGCUUUAGCUCUGUAUGUCCUGGGUCAUGAUUAAGAUGACAAUUGUUACACUUAUCCAGACACCUAUAAUAGUCACAACUUUUAGGUUUCUGGGCAAUUUGUGUGAACUAUCAAGCAUAUUUGCUCCAUUUUUUUUGUAGGUUGUUGGUAGUUAGAAGCAUUUGACAUCCCAACCUUACAAAGUCAAACCCUGAAAGGUGAAAAUGCAGACUCUCUUUUCAGACAUUGUCUCCAAGAUAGUCAGGAUUGCUGGGCUUUGUCCCUCAGAAAUAGUUAUGUUCCUUUUUUCCUCCCUCCUCCAUAAGAUUUUAUACAUAAUAUGUUAAUAAAGCAUCUUAUUUUGGAAAUUUCUUGACUGUAAUAGUCAUAAUAAAUAUGUGAAUAGAAAAUAACUUUCCUUCCAUUUUUUACAUGACUGUAUAUACAUUUAGGCUUAAAUGAAUCAUUUGAAUGGAUUUAUUUUCACUAUAGAUUUUAUGCCAUUAUUGUUUAGUCCUCAAAUUAACAUUUGUAAUAGAGUUGUUCUUGUUUAU